AUGGGGCGGUCGCGAGGGGUGCCGAAUUCCGGCGACGACGACACCGGACACAGGUCGAAGCGGAGGAGGGUCUCCUCGGGCGGGGAUGCGCCCGACUCCAUUUCAGCCGCCAUCGGGGGAGCUGGAGAGGGAGGGGGCAAGAAGGCGCUGUACCACUGCAACUACUGCAACAAGGACAUCUCCGGUAAGAUACGGAUCAAGUGCUCCAAGUGCCCUGACUUCGACCUCUGCGUGGAGUGCUUCUCUGUUGGCGCUGAAGUUACCCCACACCGCAGCAACCAUCCUUACAGAGUCAUGGACAACCUGUCUUUCCCACUUAUUUGCCCGGAUUGGAAUGCUGAUGAAGAAAUUCUCCUCCUUGAGGGAAUUGAAAUGUAUGGUCUGGGAAACUGGCUUGAAGUGGCAGAGCAUGUUGGUACCAAGUCUAAGUUACAGUGUAUUGAUCAUUACACUACAGCAUACAUGAACUCACCUUGUUAUCCCCUCCCGGAUAUGUCUCAUGUUAAUGGCAAGAACAGGAAGGAGCUUCUAGCUAUGGCUAAAGUGCAGGGUGAGAGUAAAAAAGGGACUUCGCUGUUACCUGGAGAACUGACUCCUAAGGCUGAAUCUCCAUUUUCUCCCUCCAGGGUCAAGGUGGAAGAUGCACUUGGAGAAGGUCCAGCAGGUCGAUCACCUUCACACAUAGCUGUUGGUGCAAAUAAAAAAGCUUCAAAUGUGGGACAGAUUAAAGAUGGUGCUAAUGUAUCAAAAGUCGAAGAUGGUCAUGUCGAUAGAAGUGUUGGUGUGAAGAAGCCCAGAUAUUCUGCAGAUGAAGGCCCUUCGUUGACUGAACUGAGUGGAUACAAUGCAAAGAGACACGAGUUUGACCCUGAGUAUGACAAUGAUGCCGAACAAGCGCUUGCUGAGAUGGAAUUUAAAGAAACUGAUUCGGAAACCGAUCGUGAACUGAAACUCCGUGUGCUGCGUAUUUAUCUGUCCAGGCUUGAUGAAAGAAAAAGGAGAAAGGAGUUCAUAUUGGAAAGAAAUUUAUUGUUCCCUAAUCCCUUGGAGAAAGAUCUGACAAAUGAAGACAGGGAAGUUUACCAUCGCUAUAAGGUCUUCAUGCGUUUUCUUUCCAGGGAGGAACAUGAAGCCCUCAUUAGGAGUGUCAUUGAGGAGCGAAAAAUUCGGAGGAGAAUUCAAGAACUCCAGGAAUGUCGUGCUGCUGGGUGCCGCACACUGGCUGAAGCAAAGGUACACAUAGAGCAAAAGAUGAAAAAGGAAUACGAGCUGAAUGCCCGAAAAGCUAAGGAGAGCAGCCAGCUUAUUGCAAAUAAUAAAUCGGUACAAAAGUUGAAUCGACCUAUGAAAAUUGAAUCUGAUGGGAAUUUGGAUCCAAAGAAAGGUGGCGCUGGCUUAGAUUCUCCUAAAACUACAGGACUUACAAGUGGUAAGCAGUGGGACGACUGGGAUAUAGUUGGUCUUCCUGGGGCAGAGCUAUUAAGUGCUAGUGAAAAGCUUCUAUGUUGUCAGAACAGAUUGCUACCCAGUCAUUACCUGAGAAUGCAGGAGGUGUUGAUGCAGGAGAUAUUCAAGGGUAGUGUCCUAAAGAAGGAAGACGCCCAUGUCUUAUUUAAGGUUGAUCCUACCAAAGUAGAUAGUGUUUAUGAUAUGUUGUGGUAG